UCCCCGCCAUGGGGCCGUGGGUGCUGCUGCUGCUCGGUGCAGGUCUGGGGCUGAACGCGGUGCUUUUGGGGCCGGGGGGUGUUGGGGGGUGGGAGGGGUGGGGGGAGAGACCCCCGGCGGGGAGGGGGGGUCCGAAGGGCUGAGGGGGCGGAGGGGGGACCCCAUAAUGCCCCCAAACCCCAACCCGCGUUUUCCCUCUGACGGCGGCACCCCGGGCCCAUAGACACCCCCAGGGCCCACCACCCCCACAGCCCCCCAGAGACAUUGGGGCUGCUGGGGGACACGUCGGGAUGGGGCGUAUGAGGACAGGGGGGGGGAUAUGGGGAGACGGGGACAUGGACAGGUCCUGGGGAACAGUGAGGAUGUGGGGCAGCUAUGGGGCAGUGCUACGGGGCAGUGCUGCGGGGCAGCUAUGGGGCAGCGCUAUGGGGCGGCUAUGGGGCAGCGCAGCUGGGCGGCUCUGUCACAUUUGCCCAUUUCCUCCCAGUUCCGCUCCCCGCUGCCGCCCCGUUCUGCCUCUGUUCCUCACCCAUUCUGCUCCCAUUUGGCACUUCGCAGCACAUUCUUUCUGCCCAUUUCUGCCCAUUUCUGCCCCUUUCUGCCCUUUUUUGCCCAUUCUUUCUGCCCAUUUCUGCCCAUUAUUUCUUGCUGCCCAUUCCCCGCUGCUCCCCUUCCUUCCAUUUGCUGCCACCCUCUCUGUUUUGGGCCAUUUCUCUCAAUGUGAUUCCAUUUCUUUUCCCACUUUCUGACCAAUCUGAUUCCCUCCCAUUCUGUCAAUUUCUGCUCCUUUUUGCCCAUUUCUGCUCCCCCCCCCCCCCCCCCCCCGUCCAUUCUGUCCCUCUCCCCCCAUUUCUGCCUAUUUUUCCCCCCGUUUUCACCCAUUCCCUUUCAGGUCUUUUCCUUCCCGUUCCCCUCCAUCACAGCUCUCCCUCCUGUCCAUUCCUUUCCCUUUCCUCCUUUUCUCCCCGUUUCCUUCCAUUCCUUUCCCCCUUUGCCCAUUUCUGCCCCUUUCACCCCCAGCCCCAACCCGGGACCCCCCGACCCAUUUGGGCAGUGGGACUCUGAGCUCAGGGGGGCCCAUGUGGGUCGCAGAGCCCCCCCGGCGUUGCUCUGCCCCACUCUCUCCGUUCUGCUCCGGUCCCAUCAGUUCGGGCCCAUUUCCCAUUGGGGCCCAUCCCCAUUCCUGCUCAUUUCUGAGCACCGCUCUCCGUUCGGUGCCAUUUCUGCCACUUUUGGUCAUCUCUGCCCUUGGGGACAUUGUGGACAUUGGGGACACGCGGGGAACUGAGGGCGUGGGGACACGGGGUGCAGAACUGGGGAUAUGGGGCAGCACCGUGGGGCGGUGCAAUGGGGCAGUGCCACAGGGCAGCUAUGGGGCAGCGCUAUGGGGCAGCUGUGGGGCAGCGCUAUGGGGCAGCUGCGGGGCAGAGUUACGGGGCAGACCCAUUUGGCUUUUGCCCUUUUUUGGCUCUCUCGGCCCUUCCCCGCCCCCUCUCCCCACUUCCUCCCCCCACGGCCGCGCGUGGGCUGUGGGUGUGGGGCAGCCCCCCCUGCUCCCCGCCAUGGGGCCGUGGGUGCUGCUGCUGCUCGGUGCAGCUCUGCCCCACAGCUGCAGCUCUGCCCUCGACGUGGACUCUGCUGUGGCCUUUGAGGGUCCCGGGUCCUUCGGCCUCAGCGUGGCACAGAGCGACGAUGGGGUGCUGGUGGGGGCUCCCCUGGACUUGGAGGGCCGAGGCCGCGUCUAUCGGUGCCGCGUGGGGGAGAAGAGUUGCAGGGAUGCAGGCAUCGGUGAUCCCCCGGCUAUGGGUCCCAUGGCACUGGGAAUGUCCAUGGCUGCCAACGGAUCCCAGCUCCUGGCCUGUGGUCCGACAGCGCAGCGGAUGUGCGGGGAGAAUGCGGAGGUGCCGGGAUUCUGCUUCCUCCUCUUCUCAGGCCGCUCCCAAACAACCACCCCACGAGCUUGCCCCACGUUGGCCUCCGACAUCGUGUUCCUGAUGGACGGCUCUGGCAGCGUUGCAGAUUUUGACUUCCAUCGGAUGAAGACAUUCAUCAUUGAAGUCAUCAAACGCUUCCGUGGGACCGACACCCGGUUCGCAGUGGUGCAGUUCUCCACCGGCGUGCAGCGCCACGUGGACUUCUCCGACUUCGACCGCCUUUCGGAGCGGGAUUUGGAGCGGCGGGUUAAUGAGGUGCAGCAGAGCAACGGCAUCACGCAGACCGCCACCGCCAUCCGCAUCGUGCUGACGCACGUGUUCACGGAGAGCCGCGCGGGGGCCAACAAAGUGCUGAUCGUGGUGACGGACGGGCAGAUGUACGGCGAUGUGCUGCGCUACAGCGACGUCAUCCCGCAGGCGGAGCGCGCCGGGGUCGUCCGCUACGCCAUCGGGGUGGGCAGCGCCUUCAAGGACUCCCAGGCGGCCGCGGAGCUGCAGACCAUCGCCUCGGCCCCCCCACAGGCACACGUCUUCCGCGUGGACAACUUCGAGGCGCUGCGGGGGAUCCAGGAGCAGCUGCAGGAGAAGAUCUUCGCCAUCGAGGGGACCCGCCCGGCCUUCGGGAGCUCCUUCCAACUGGAGAUGGCCCAGGAGGGCUUCAGCGCUCUUCUCACCCCCGAGGGGGCAGUGCUGGGAGCAGUGGGCGCCUACGAUUGGGCCGGAGGGGUCUUCAUCUACGGGGCCGACGGGAAGGUCGCCUUCGUCAACGCAUCCGAAGGGGAGGGGGGUGUGAGCGAUGCCUACUUGGGUUACGCCACUGAGUCUCUGUCCCUGGGGGGGCUCCGGGCCCUGGUGCUGGGGGCUCCCCGGUACCGCCACGUGGGCCGCCUGCUCCUCUUCGUGCUCCAGCGGGGGGGGAAGUGGGAGCUGCGCUCUGACGCCGUGGGCCGGCAGGUGGGCUCCUACUUUGGGGCAGCGCUCUGUGCUCUGGAGGGUUCGGGGGAUGGCGCGGCGCUGCUGGUGGGGGUCCCCAUGUUCUAUGGGGACGGCUCCGGGGGGCGUGUGGAGGUCUGCAUGGUGUUGCCGCAGGGCCGUGCGCUGCAGUGCCAUCAGACGCUGCGGGGUCAGGCCGGACACCCGCUGGGGCGCUUUGGGGCCAGCGUUGCUCGCCUUGGGGACAUCGACGGGGACGGACUGCAUGACGUGGCCGUGGGUGCUCCCAUGGAGGACGAUGAGCGCGGCGCCAUCUACAUCUUCCGUGGGGAGAAGGGCGGUGUCAGUGGCCACUACAGCCAGCGCAUCGCAGGCUCCAUAUUCCACAGUGCCCCUCAGCACUUUGGGCAGGCGCUGAGUGGGGGGCGCGACCUGACGGGGGACAGACUGCCAGAUGUGGCUGUGGGCGCACAGGGACAGGUCCUGCUGCUCAGGUCCCCACCCUUGCUGAAGGUUGAGGUGACGGUGACCUUCACUCCCCCGGAAAUCCCCAUAUCUGACUUUGACUGCCACCGGGCAGAGGAGGAGCCGAGCACCGCUGGGGCUGCGACGGCGUCCACAGCCAACGUCUGCUUUGUUGGCACCAAGAAGAGCAGUGACAGCUUAGGCUCCCUCGGGGCCACCCUCCACUACCGGCUGGAGUUGGACCCCGGCCGUGCCGCUCGCGCCGUCUUCUCGCCGGGCGUUGCCAGGAGCAACGGGACCACGCACGUGGGCGAGGGGCGCCGGUGCCAGAGCUUCCCCAUCAGAGUGAUGGGCUGUCCAGCGGACACGCUGAGCCCCGUGGGGCUGCGGGUGGCCUUCGAGGCGUAUGGGGACGCACUGCAGCAUGCACAGGGGCUGCGUGUGGCACUCAGCCGCGACACACAGUGGGCCGUCACCGCCGCGCUGCCCUUUGAGAAGAACUGCGGUGAGGACAACCAGUGUGUGCCCGACCUCCGCGUGGCCCUCAGCUUCUCAGGGCUGGAGGAGCUGGUGGUGGGCGUCACCGAGGAGGUCACCGUCACCGUCACCGUGCACAACGUUGGGGAGGACGCGUAUGGGGCCCAUGUGGAGCUGCAGCACCCCAAGGCGCUCUCCUACCGCAAGGCCACCGCGCUGCAGCCCCACCGCAGGUCCCUGGCACAGCACUGCAGCUCGGUGUCUCCGGGAGGUGGGCGCAUCCUCUGCAACAUCAGCCACCCCGUGCUGUGGGCCGGCCAACAGCUCGUGUUCGCUGUCACCAUGGAUGUGCCCCACGAGGCUGAGCUGGGGGACGCAGUGCAGGUGGUGGCGUUGGCCAGCAGUGUCCCCCCGCCCGUGGGCUCGGCCGUGGCGCGCGCUGAGCUCCCGGCGCUGUACAGCGUCGUGCUGCUGCUCACCAGCUCGCCGUCCUCCACGCGCUCGGUGUCGGCGGGACGCGCGGCUCUGCAGCACCGCUAUCGGCUCUCGGCGCAGGGCGCGCGCCGCCCCCCCGGCAGCGCCACCAUCCGGGUGCCCGCAGCGCUGCGCGGGGCGGAGCUCUGGGAGGAGCUGCAGGUGGAGGGGCCGCAGGCCUGUAACUCUACCUCACAUUCCACGGGGGUUCAGGACCCCACCCCUCUCCUGCAGCAGAACCCGGUGGUGAAUUGCAGCGUGGCCGCCUGCCGGGAGUGGCGCUGUCCGUGGGGGGACCCACUGCCCCCCGGGGGCGUCGAGUUCAGCGUCAGUGGGCGGCUGCGGUGGGACUGGGUGGAGCAGCUGCCCCUCCCCCACGUGGAACUGCAGAGCUCCGCUCAGCUGCAGCCCGAGGGGCGGCGCUACCGCAACGUGGGCCGGGACCGCCUGGAGGUCCGCACGGAGCUCCGCCCCGCACCCCCCCCGGUGCCGCUGGGCCCCACGCUCGGCGCGGUGGCGGCGGGGCUGCUGCUGGCGGCGGCGGCGGGAGCGGCGCUGCAUAAGCAUAGGAACACAGGCCAGCAUCAGCACGGACAGCAGCACAGCGGAGACCACAGCAAUCACUGGGAUGUGGUGUUUUCGCAGCUCUUCGCCAACAGCGGCCGUUGUGAUUUUCCCAACAUCCACCCCUGGAAGAACCGAGACAAUGCCACAGGUUACUGUCAUCUGCGCUGCAGAUGAUCUCACAGUGUGCUUCAUGGACCCAAGAGGUUUCCUUUAUCAUCAGUGGGUACCUCCAUCUCUGGUGUAUAAGCACCAGAGGACAAGAAGGAUUGCUUCCACUUCUCGUUGGGCAGGGAGAGGCUGCACCGGCACUCUGGGCUGAGGGCUGGGGCUCUGCCCUGGGGUCUGGGCUUUGUCCGUCGGGAGCAGUGCAGAGCAGAAACCCUCACACUUUCCCCAGCACACACGUCCUGAGCUCUCCGCCAGAACAUCCCCCAGGCUGAAGGUCAGCCUCCAGCCAGCACAAGGCACAGCUGGAGCCAGCCCAGCAGAGAAACACUCCUGCAGGCUCCUACCACACAGGGCCAGGCUCAUCGCCCUCGCGUUCCUUUAUAGCACGUGCUCUGUACUAGCCUGCUCACGUUUGGCUGCCGGCCUGCUGCGCAAGAGCAGGCAGGAAGGGCCUGGUGGCACACAGUGAUUCUGGUUGGUGACACCAGAUGACCAUGGGACUGAAAUUACCUGGCAAUCCAGCUGCUUGUUCUGCCUGUGUUUUUCUGUCAGAGACUGGCCGUGUGUCACUGCUGCUUUCCUGCAAUGGCUCCUUCUGCACAGUCUCUUGGUCAGUCCCUUUAGUCCCACCAUGCGCUGCCUUCUCCAUUUUCUUCACGGGUUCCUUUAGGACACGGGAUGACCACCAGUAGUACUUCCCUCUUCUAGGUGUAUCCUUUCCUCUGUUUCCUCUUUGCGGACCUUAACAGAAUGCAUGAAAUUCAGUCUCCCGUGCUUGAAGUUUUGAAGACCAGCAGUGCGUCAGUGGAAUCAGUGAAGACCAUCUACUCACCCAUGGGAUUCCAACUGGUCUCCAUCGCAGGAAGGAGCCGAGAAACCAGCAAGGCCCUCCCUGGGGGCACUUCUGCAACCAAAGACCCAUGAAAAGUUUCCGUGCACAACGGCAUCACUGAAUAGUGGAGCAUACCAGGGGAUCGUGCAAGGAAAGGGCAUACACGCACAGGACUACGCUCUCACACCUGCAGACAGACCUGGCCGACAUUUGGCCUUUGAGCUGGCAGCUCUCAAAGGAACUAAAAAGCCAUGACAUACCCAUGUGAUCUGCCGGAGUUUCAGUCCUGGAACUCAGAGGGGAAGCUGGAGCACCUUCAUUCCCAGUCACACCUGCAAUCAAACACAGGACAGAGAGACUUUACUUAGACGUUCUUCCAGUCAGAAUGACAGGGGAUGCAAUUAAGACAGGGGAUUCCUUCGUGACGCUGUUCUCUCCGUUCCACAAAGGAGCAGCUUGGAAACAGAUCCUGGCUGCCCACAGGGGCACUGCCACAGACGCAGCUGUCACCAAGGGCAGAUGAGAAACGUUCCCAUUGCACGUGGCCACCUCUCUCUUCCUUAGUAACCUGCAGUGACUACAACGGGCUCAGGUACGGACGCGCGACUCCCACUGAAAUGUGGCAGCUCUCCAAGUCACAAAAUACUCAUGACUGAUCUGCGCAAGACCUCCAAGGUACAAGCAGGUUAGGAGGACCUUGAGAGGAUCUGAAAUAAAACUGCGUGCUGCUGGGGCACAAUUUUUUCUGCCUUCAUGGGAACAGACACUCAGAACCUACCUCUGGGUUGACCCCGAGGCACAAAACCUGGAUUCAGACUAUCAUCUGAAUAGGGCGCACCAAUGUCAUCAUCUAGAAUCAAGAAGAACUGAUUAGAGAAGUUCCCAUUACUGGGGAUGUUGUGAUAUUCUUCUCCCUUAGCAACUGGAGGUGGGUCAGGCAAUGGGGUGGGAGAAAGACGCAGGUCAUGAUUUGCACAGUAGCAGAGUGGCCAGGAGGACCUCUUGGCUGCCACCUGGCAGCUUACAUGAUACGUUCUCCACGCCACGUGCAACAACCCUUAUGGACCACACAGAAGAAGAUUCAGCCCUUUGGGACUUUCUUACUGGGGCACCUCUGGUGUACACAAAGGAAGGUCACACCAAAGCACUGGAGGAAAACACACCUGCCUCUUCCUCUGGGCUGUGGGUGGGGGCUCUGUGUUGGAAACCGGGAUUUGUCUAUGGGGAGUACCACCAGGCUGGAGCAGAAAUGCUCAUGCUUUUCCCAGCACACAUCUUGUGAGCUCUCACCCAGGGCAUCUCCCAGGAUGAAGGCCGUGCUCCAGCCAGCAAGCAGCAGAGUCAUGGUCCGGCAUGGUUGGAGCCAGCCCUGGGGAGCAAGCGCUGCCACAGGCUCUUGGCUGGCUCCUGCGGUGCUGCCUGUCACCCUCUGCCUAACGUCCACCAUGGGAGGUAGCCCCAGGGAAGGGUGGUGUAGGGCCAUGGCAACUCAGCCUGACUUCCUGCCCCUCGCGCCGCUCAGCUUUGGAUCCAUCGCUGCCCACUCACCUGCUCCCUGUACUGGAAGCGGAGCAGCACAAAUCUCCCAGGAACGCAGGGACAUCAGUAGCAGGAGGAGGACAAGGCGGGCAGGGGCCGUGGCCCCCCACACUCGUGCCAUGCUGCCACCACCACCGCUGCAGCCACAGCAAGUGCUGCCGUUGGGUCAGGCGCCGAGCAAUGCCUGUGCCAUGGGACAGCAUCACAACUGGGCCUUGUGACAUCACAGCUCUGCACAGCCAUGUAGCGGGGCAUUGUGACCUCACGGCCCCGUGAAGCCGGGUGGAGGCUGCCCGUGAGCCGCUCCUCUUGUGAUGCACUGCACCAGGGCUGGUGGGGCCAGUGCUUACAUCAUAGAAACAUAGAAUCAUGGAAUGGCUUGGGUAGGAAGAGACAUUAAAGAACUUUUACCUCCAACUGCGCUGCUGUGGGCAGGGAUACCGCCCACUGAGUCAGCCUGCCCAGGGCUCCAUCCAGCCCGGCCUUGAACGCUUCCAGAGACCGGGGCAUCCACAACUUCGCUUGGCAAACUUUUAUAGUGCCUCGACAACCCCGAGAGGGAAUUAUUUCCAGCUCGAUGUGCCAAUGACAAUGUCUCACUCCAAUUUAUAGGAGAGGGAGGAGGUUCUUUUCAUAUAUGUAUACCUGACAGUGAGAUUAAGCUACAACAGGUCAAAUGUUAGCCUGACCAGUUUAUUACAAAUCCUUUGUCUUUAGAGAGAUGGGGAGGGGAAGGUGGGCAAUAGAAAAGAGAUAUAAAAGCAAGGAGUCUUUGUAGUGCGCGAGAGAGAUGAUCACCACUGCGGGUCCGAUGAGGUUCAUAGUGCGCCCGUUGAUCUCAAGAAUUUGUCCUAUCACUGCAGGGGAUGGGAGAAAGCCAGGGAGCUUUGCAGCCAGCAGGCUCUGGGGGGGUCUUUUGAAAGAGGGUUUUCCCCUCAGGGAAUUCCUCUGUAAAGGUUUAUUUGGAGUUCUUCUCCAAAGUCCUUAUUUUGGUGAGGGCCUUUUAUCUCCCAUUUCUCAGUUUUUUUUCUUCUUUUCUCUCUGUCAGUGUGACACACCCUGCCCAACAGAGAAGCCAGCAGGGAGUGGUGCCUUUGUUGCCAUGCAUAGCAUUACUGCCUAUUGCAGUGGUCAGCUCCUUCAAGCUGCCCCCCCAAAAGGACUGCUUGUCCACUUCUGCUUCUUUACACUCAUGAGCAGCAGUACUGUGGCAGAGUGACACCCAGCACUCGCCCCCCUAGAAUUAGCAGCUGUUAGUUAGUCCUAUCACUGAAAAGGUCUCAUGAAGCAAGCUGUGAGACAAAAAGAAAUACAGUUUUGUCUUUCACAACACCUGGUGGCACAAAGGUUGCUUGAAAUUGAUGUGUAUAUGACCAUCUAUGAUGGUGAGGAAAGAAAAAAAAGAAGCAAGCAUAAAGGAAAGAAGGGUGGGGGCUGAGGGGGGUUUAAAUGUUACACAAUCACACAAUUGCUACAAAGGAUUUCUUGAGCUUGGUUACAAAUGUUGGCCUGGUCUGUUGGACAUGUCCAUUAUCAGUUGAAGUGGUUACACAGUACAUAGAAGAAACAACACGUUGCGUAAGCUGCCAUUAUCAUCAAUCUUUGGGCAACAAUUGGAGUUAUUCAGUUUGCCGCAGACACCUCCCGGUGACUCUCCAGGAGUGAAGAAAUGAGUGUGGUAUAACAAAUAGAAAGGGGAAAGUGAAAAGAGACACAAGAAAGUAGUUGAAUAAUCAUAUAAUUAACAAUACCAACUAAUAAAAAAAUAAUAGAAAUAAGAAUAUUUAAAAAAAGAAUAGAGGUCCAAUUUGACAAUACACUUGCCAGAUAAUGUUUUCAAAGAUGAUUUGGUGUUUUGCCAGGACCGUAGAUGGAGCCCAUAUGUUUUCUAAUAUCACAGAGAUUAUUUGUCCCAUGGUUAGCAAAAUUGAACACUAUUUAGGCAGAGUGAAGGUAUUACUAUACCACACUGCAACACUGCACAUUGUUCCAAAGUUAAAUAUGGAUAGAAUUUUCCAUUUGAGCAUCUCCAAAGCAAUUUAAAUGCUGAUAUAUAUAUAUACUAGUUGGGCAAGUGCAAAUAUUGCUAUAGUCUAUAGAAUUUUCAGAGGAUAUUGUGUGCAGGAUGCCCCACAAUAUAAACCAUAAGAGGGGUAAUCCUAUUAUAUGGGACACAUACACAUCUCUUAUCAAAACUCAGUUACUUUCCAACAACCAUGUUUUGGAUAGAACUCCUGCACUGGUGUUAACUCUGGCACUGGAAAAAAAAAAAAAAAACAUCAGUAACAUCAUAUUGCAAAGGGCUUUAUGAUGGGUUUCUUCCGUGACCACAUUUAACAGAUAUUAGACGGGGCCUUUGGUUCAUUUCCCAGUUUGUUAGGAAGCUGGAAACACCAUGGAGGAGUUACAUGCAAAUCAUAUUCAGUUUGAUAAAAAGGGGUGAAAGAAGGGGUCAAAAGGUGUGGGAAUAAAAGAAAGACAAUUCAGAGCAGCAGCUGUGAAGCAAGAUACACAGCUGAGAAAGCAAGGCUGAGAUAGCAAGGCUGAGAACCAAGGACAUCUCUAGAAGAGAAAAACAAAAGAAAUGGCCCAUGGCUCUGAUUGAAUAAGUGCCUGCAUGCACAGCUAUGGAGUGUUUGUGGGAUACUUUGUUGACAUGUAAAUGUGCAUGGGAAAGUUGUAAGGGCAGAUGGGAAAGCUAAGAAAGGAAAACUUGUGAAUGUAUGUAAGUGAUGUGAGAACCUGCAAUAAAUGAUUUGGAUUGUUCA